AUCUAACGUAUUUAUGUACGAAGUUUAUUUACUCUUUAGGAGAAAGUCAGCAGAGAAUUAACGACGCGUGGAAGGACGUCGACAAUCGACAUCGACAGCCCUUUUAACUUGUUUACGAUUUAACGCCCAUCACUAUUGCUCUUUGAAAAAUCUUGAACCAAGUCCUUCACAUUAUGUUAAAACUUAAAACUUAGUUUGAAAAUUAAAAAUAAUACGCUUUACUAGAUAGUGAUUAAUUACAAUUUAUUGCAUCAUUCAUAAAUUUACCGUGUAAUUGUGCUGGAGCUGUGUUAAAUCAUGCGAUAUCAACUUUUGUCAAAACUUUUUAUAUGUUUUUGUCUUUGUACUCAAACAUUAGUCCAUGCAAAGAAACAGAAAAAUAAUCUCAUAUCACAAAUAAAUGACAUAAAGGAGUUUAAAAAGUUAUUAAGGACUAAAACAAAUGUGUUGGUUUUAUUUGUUAAUGAACCAAAGUCAACACAGGCUAUUGGGGAUGUUUUUAAAGAUACUGCAGACACUAUGAAAGGAAAAGCAACUUUAGUAUCCAUUGAUUGUAGUAACAGUGAUGGCAAAAAAUUGUGCAAAAAGUUAAAAGUUAGUAAUGAAAAACCGUAUCACAUCAAACAUUACAAAGAUGGUGAAUACCACAAGGAUUACGACAGGGGAGAGACAGUGUCGGCACUUUGCAACUUCCUGCGCGACCCUACUGGUGAUUUACCUUGGGAAGAAGACCCAAAAGCAACAGAUAUAUUUCAUCUCCAGGAUGGUGAGGCAUUGACAAAAUUCUUGAAAAAGGGUAUGGCGUCCUAUAAGAGAUCUUUGAUCAUGUUCUAUGCUCCAUGGUGUGGAUACUGCAAAACAUUGAAACCUGAAUAUGUAGCUGCGGCAGCAGAUUUAAAGGGUGAAGCUUUACUUGCUGCUAUUGAUGUUGCUAAGCCGGGUAAUUCAAAAAUAAGACAGCAAUACAAUAUCACUGGAUUCCCCACCCUUCUAUAUUAUGAGAAGGGUGAGUUGAAAUUCCCAUACAAUGGUGAUAACAAACAUCAAGCGAUAGUAGAUUUUAUGAGGGAUCCAAAUUCACAAGCACAUCAGAAAAAAAACGAAGUAGCCGAUGAAAGUUGGUCACAGGAUUCAGAUGUAGUACAUUUAACGGUGGACACGUUCGAUAGUGUAUUAGCGAAUGUAGAACAUGCUUUAGUGGUUUUCUACGCCCCUUGGUGUGGACACUGCAAGAGAAUUAAACCAGAGUUCGAGAAAGCAGCCGCCAGGAUAAAUAAUGAAAAUAUCCCAGGUGUUUUAGCAGCUGUAGAUGCAACUGUGGAAUCUAGUUUGGCGUCGCGUUUUGGUGUUAAAGGUUACCCAACAUUAAAAUACUUUAACAAGGGCCAAUUUAAAUAUGACGCGGGUCAUGCUAGACAGGAGGAACAAAUCGUUGACUUUAUUAAGAAUCCGCAAGAACCGCCUCCUCCACCGCCACCAGAAAAACCCUGGUCUGAAGAAGAGGGUCAAGUUAGACAUCUUAGUGAAUCAACAUUCAAAAAUACCCUCCGGAAAAUCAAACAUGCAAUAAUAAUGUUCUACGCACCUUGGUGUGGACAUUGCAAGAGUACGAAACCAGAAUUCUCCGGAGCAGCGGAGACAUUCUCUGAUGAAUUGUCAGUUGUAUUUGGUGCUGUGGAUUGUACAGUUGAACAACAAUUGUGCUCUAAUUAUAAAGUGCGAGGAUAUCCAACAAUUAAAUACUUUAGUUAUUUCAAUAAAUUAGUAGAAGAUUAUAGUGGGGGACGGAAGAAAGAAGAUUUUGUAACAUUCAUAAACAGUCAGCGAGGAAAGCAUGAGACUCCUCAGAAGCCUAAAACAAGUCAAGAAGCAGGUUUCGGUGUAAAUGUGCAAAUGGUCAAUGAUGACGACUUCCAUUCCGUUAUUGCAUCUAAAACACCGACAUUUAUUAUGUUUUAUGCUACAUGGUGUGGUCAUUGUUCGACAGUGAAGCCAGUGUACAGUCGACUGGCUACUAAAAUGAAGUCAAUAGGUGGUCCAGUACUGGUCGCUGCAGUGGAAGCGUCAGAUAAUCCUAAAGUCGCUGAUUACGCGAAAAUAGAAACUUUACCUACAUUUAAAAUAUACUCCAAUGGUGAACUUCUAGCUGAUUACGAUGGAGACAGAACACCUGAAGAUUUUGAACAAUUCUGUAUGUCGCAUGCUAAAAUUAAAGAUGAACUGUAAUCGAAUUGAUGUAUGAGCUUCCAUUUGUCAGUUUCAUAUAAUUCUUGAGUCUCUAGCGAUUUUAAUAAUACUCGGGAUCCGACAUAUGGAUAAGUAACCGUUGAGUUGGCAAAUGGUUUAGUAGACUACUCUAAUCGUGUGUGUGCCAACUCAGACCCUAUAUUCGGCUGUCAAAUUAUUUGUCAAUUUAUAAACUGGUUUAAACCUAUUUGUAAUAAUUUUGUAUUUGUAAUAUUGGUAUUUGUACCAGUA